AUAUAUAGUUUUGGCAUGAUCAUGUGGGAGUUAAUGACAGGUAGAAGACCUUUUUGGGAUCAAAAUCAUGAUACAGAACUUAUUAUUGAAAUUUGUGACGGUUUACGACCACCAAUUGUCACAAAUGCACCUGAAGGCUAUAUUGAAUUAAUGGAAGAAUGCUGGCACUCUGAUCCAGAUAAAAGGCCAACUAAAAUUAUUGAAUCAUCAGAUAUUGGACCUGUAACAAAAAAUAAUCCAGGUGCCAUUUAUAGGAGCAGACCUUUAAGUGCCAUGAUUAAUUCUGCAAUGUCCCUAAGGAGUUUAAGAAGUCAAUUUAUUUAUUCAGAAGUCAAAAGAAAGUUUGAAGAUGAUUUAAUUGAAGAUGAUGAUGAUGGUAUGAUAUUUAAAAAAUUGCAAGUAAAAUUUAAUUGAUAAACUUCAGU